CGCGCGGUGCCAUCUGCCUCGAUCGGUGCUCUCAGCGAACAUCACACAUGCGAGCCCGGCAAGGAAGAUGCUGCCAACUCUCAAGAUUUGGGCAUUGCUUUCUGUGUCGCUGUGCUGCCUGUCUCAACCGGGUCAUUUGAAGAAGGGUUUUCGAUGUCCUUCAACAUGCAGCUGUUCCAAGGAGUCUAUCAUUUGCGUAGGGUCCUCUUAUGUCCCAAGGAUAUCCCCCAACGAAAUCAAUUCUUUGAGUAUCGUCAAUGGAACUUUCACUGAGGUCAAAGAGGCUAUGUUUAGUCACAUGCCAUCUCUCCAGCUACUGCUUUUGAAUUCUAACUCGCUAACAACUAUAAGGGAUGAUGCAUUCACAGGCCUUUCACAUCUGGAGUACCUGUUCAUUGAGAGUAAUAAGAUAGAGACUGCAUCCAAAUAUGCCUUCAGAGGACUCAGGGACUUGACUCACUUGUCUUUGGCAAACAACAACAUUAAAGCCUUGCCCAGGGACCUCUUCAUUGACCUGGAUUCACUGAUAGAGCUGGACCUGCGAGGCAAUGCCUUUGAGUGUGACUGCCGUGCAAAGUGGCUGAUGAUGUGGCUGAAGAACACCAAUGCCACAGUGUCGGAUGUCAUGUGUGUUGGACCAGAGGACCUGAAGGACAAGCGGCUCAAUGAUAUGACCAGCCUGCACAAUGAGUGCAUCUCAACGGAUUUUGUCCUCCACCAGUCCGUGGCAUCCGAGUCUCUGUCUGUUGACACAUUCAGUUAUAAGGAUGAUGUCUAUGUGGCUAUUGCUGCUCCCAGCAUAGAGAGCUGUAUGGUUUUCCAGUGGGACCACAUAGAAAUGAACUUCAGGACUUAUGAUAAUAUCACAGGUCAGUCCAUUGUGGGGUGCAAGUCAGUUGUCAUACAGAACCAAGUGUUUGUCAUCGUGGCUCAGCUCUUCGGUGGUUCCCACAUCUACAGGUUUGAUGAGGACCAAAGCAGGUUCAGCAAGUUCCAGGACAUUGAGGUGUCCAAGAUUUCCAAGCCCAACGACAUAGAGGCUUUCCAGAUUGGCUCUGACAGUUUUUUUGUGAUCGCUGACAGCUCGAAAGCAGGCCUGUCCACCCUCUACAAAUGGAACGAUAAGGGCUUUUAUUCAUACCAGUCGUUGCAUGAGUGGUACCGCGACACAGAUGCAGAGUUCUUAGACUUGGAUGGGAAGGCCCAUCUUAUCUUGGCAAGUCGCUCACAGGUGCCCGUGAUCUACCAGUGGAGCCGGAACAACCAGAAGUUUGUCCUGCAGGGUGAGAUCCCCAACAUGGAGGAUGUAGUAGCUGUGAAGCACUUCCGCAUCAAGGGGGAGCUCUACCUUGCUAUGACUCGCUAUAUUGGAGACUCCAAAGUUCUGCAUUGGGGUGCCAAACAGUUUGCAGAGAUCCAGGCCUUACCGUCAAGAGGCUCCAUGAUUCUGCAGCCAUUCUAUUUCAAAGAACGUUACUACCUGGCCUUGGGAAGUGACUACACCUUCUCACAGAUCUACCUGUGGGACGAUGAGAACAAACUCUUUGACCGCUUCAAGGAGGUGUACAUCCAGGCACCACGCUCCUUCACUGUGGUUUCCACUGACCGCAGGGACUUCAUCUUUGCCUCUAGCUUCAAGGGAAACACACAGAUCUUUGAGCAUAUCAUCAUCGACUUGAGCUUGUGAGGGUCUGUGCCUUAUUGCCCCUCCAGCAAUCGAACGUCUUCCACUAAAAAGAUACAUUUGUGAAGGGAAAGGGACGCACCAGAACAGAGUUUUUGAACUGGUAAAUAUCAAUUCCUACAUAGUUUUUUUUUCACAAAUAAGAGCUGGGCCAAGUAGUGUUGAGAUCCUUUGAGUUUCUUAGGGUGUCUUAACUAUUUCUCAAUGGCCUAUUACCUGUCCUCAUGGCCUCUCAGACUUUCAGAAAUACUCGCAUUUCAGAGAGAAUGAGGAGGAGCAUGUUGGAAAUUGUACAAAGUAGCUGGUUAUCCUACUGAAAACCCAGCAGACAUUCCUGAGGGUGGAAAAAAUUUAAACCUAAUAUGUUCAAUUUGGAUGUAUAGAUUUUUGUUUAAUAUCCCCUGUUAAUAGUUUUAUACACAAAUCAAUGAACCAGGACCUGAGAGAAAGAUCAUAUUACAAGUUUUGUUUUGUUCUCAUUUGGGGCAACUGAGGUUGUAACAGGGUUGGUUGCCACUUACCUCAUGUCCUCAUGUCCUCUGAUAAUAUACAGGAUGUUGCCUUCUGGGUUCUGAUGGACCCACAGUGCCUCCCUCUGGCCGUGAUAAGGUAUCACACCCCCUUGCUUUUUUCAUACAGGGAAUGUCUUGAAAGCACAAACCUUUAAUUAUAAGAGCUGAGAUCACAGUCCUUAGAGUGUAGUUGUAUAGUGGAAAAUGGUACUGUAGGUGCUAUAGAUUAUAUUGCAUACAGUAAAAAAAUAGAAGUGGUUGUUUUAGGAGGUGAACUCUUCAGGACUGGAUAUAGCUAACACCUUUUUAGACAGAUGUAUAUGAAUAGAAAAUUCCCAGUUAGAUACCCUAUUAGUUCAGAGGUACUUUAAGUGGCAAAGUAGAUAGAAGCUCUUUUUAUCCAUUUAGUGGAAAGGGACCUGUGUUUAGGUGAUGUCAGGGAAAUUAAACCUACUUACAUGUUUGAAAAAAUAACUUGUUAUUCAACUACUGACAGAAAUUAACUUUUGUUUUAGGCUAUCACGAAAAGAGGCUUCUCACAGCUAAAGUCAGUGGCCUCAAAAUAUAAACAUUUGAUAGAGGACAUAAUUUGUCCAAAAAUGAAGGAAACAAAAUUUAUGUAAAUAUAUCCACUCAAGCUGAGAGACUUUUUCAAUCUUUUUGUUCUUUGAAAAUACUGAAUGUUGACUCACAAGCUAUAAAAUGUACAUAAAACAAAGAAGGCAAUGCCACCUCCUGUUUGUCACACAUACAUCCAAAUGGAUAUUUGCACUUACUUUAAAAAACAAAAUUAAAUGUUACUGCAGCUUGCAAGUGCAUGACAUUCAAAAAAGGGUGUUUGCCAAAUUCUUUUUAAAUGAACCUAACAAGCUCAGAAGUCUAGAAGUGCUUCUACUUAUUAAAUGAAUGGUUUCGCAAAUUAAAAAAACAAAACAUAAUGGAAUAUGCAAGCUUUAUAACAUGCAGAUUUUUUUCUAUGAUUUUGUUUUAAGCAUAUUGAAUGUUAUUCUCAAAAUAUACUGUAAGUUUAAUUAGUUG